AUGUUUUCGAAUCAGAGCACACCAUUCUUAUCACCGACUAUGUACGAUGGUCAAUACCUGUAUCCGUCGUAUAGCUGUGAUCAAUUACUUGCUCCACCAUCUUAUUACACACAUUGCAAAUCGGAGCCCAAUGUAGCUUGUCACAGCAACCAGACUGAACAACGACGUCUUUCCGACGGUCCUCAGCCGCUAUCAUUACGUCGUCCAUAUCCCUACAAUUAUUACCAUCAACCAAGUGAAUUCGGAGGCAGUGAUACGUGCAUGCUAAAACGAAAAAAUUCGUCAUUGAACAUGCUUUUGGACUCUACAAGUUCAAUGAUGCGAACAGCGUCAACAACUUUUCAAUGCUUAAUUGGUUCAGCUCGUCGUGCUUCAUACUGUGGCCAGCCAGAUCCAAGUGUGCAACUCGCUCCAAACGGCACAAGUGGUUCACUCUAUCUACGAUCAACAACAGCAAAUUCGAACGAAUCAUCCUUGUCAAAUGUCUCCUUCGAUGAUCAACGACGUGUUGUCACUAUUUAUGACGGUCGCAUUCCAAGUACGCCCACCGCACCGACUAUACCGUUUGAACUAUUAACUCCUCUCGAAGCAAUAACGAAAGCUGUAGAUGAUCCUGUCGAAUCCUUCGUGCAAAUCGUGCUCGAAACGCCCGAUGAUAAGCCACCCAUCAUGCCACCUGUUCAUAAUUCGUUAUAUCGUACUGGAUCACCGUCACGGCGUCGACAUCGAAGCAGUUCGCCAAAUCUGAAGCCGACUAAUGAACGUCAAACAAAUCACUUAGAAAAUCUUAAUUUACCGAAACUAACACAACAUCAAUCAAUGCCGAAUACGGAUUAUUUCAACUCGACUCGAGUGCAUUGCCAAGCGCCUGAUAUUAUUAUUCCGAUGGAUUUUUCUUUUCUUGAGCCGGUGCUACGAGGUGAAAGUGCUGCUCCUCCAUCUCGCAAUCAUGCUCUAUCGAAACCCAAUUCACGUCAAAAUUCUCUUCAGAACAACGCAAUUACAGAUAAUUCAUCAUCAAAUCUUCACACAUCGCCACAUAUCACCUAUUCAUGCCACCGAACGAAAACUAAUACAAAUAAUAUAAUCGUACCACCAGAUUCACCAUCUGGUGAUAAUCACAACUAUUUUAUUCCGCCGUCACCUCGUUUGAAAUUUACACCAUCGAUUGAGUAA